AAUCCCACAACCGGAGACUUGCUCCCCUCCCCCUCCUUUCACUUAACCACCUACACACCCUAAGACGUUAGAUCGGUUACAAACACAAUCCGCGUGAAAAAUGAAUUCGCAUUUCGAUUUGGAAUCGGUCAAUCGACAGUUUUUGAUUGAGUCGUCUGCGUCGCAUUGCCUGGCCGAUUUCGCCGCCGAUUCUUCGACGUUCUACGACGAAUCGUGCGGCACUCAUUCGCCGUCGGACGAUUCCGAAUUGAUGAGCGGCAGCGACGCCGAGUCUGUUUAUUCAUCUUCGCCGGAGCACCGGAGCAGCGACAGCGGGAACGGGGGUCACUCGUCGUCGGGCCGAGCGUCGAAUUCUAACGGCGUCGGUAGCAGUAGCAGCCGCUCGUGGCGUCGCAAACGACGCUGCGGCCAUCAACAGGUUCACCAGCGUCAAGCGGCCAAUUUGCGUGAGCGUCGCCGCAUGCAGUCGAUCAACGACGCCUUUGAAGGCCUACGCACUCACAUCCCGACGUUGCCCUACGAAAAACGGCUGUCCAAGGUGGACACGCUGCGUUUGGCGAUUGGCUACAUCAGCUUUCUGGCCGAAUUAGUGGCCAACGACCGACACCCGGCCGACGUCCUCCAGAACGCCGUACCUGAGCCACCCAAAAAGAUCUUUAUUAGCUCCACUAAAGAUGUGCAACAUCAUGGCGUAGCGUCUGUGGCGUCAGUCCAUUCAAUAUCAUGGUCUUCGGAGAAGGAAAAUGCUAACGCUACGCAUCCGGGUGGCGUCAUGGUGGCCAAAUUGUGGACGCCAGAAGAUCCGCGUUCUCUCCGCUCUCAUCAAGAUAGCGCCGGACCGUUUGGCCAGGCCAACUGAAUCAACCUUUUUUUUUUUUUUUCACAAAAUCAUAAUAAUAUUCCUGUUGUUGUUUAUUCACUACACGCUCCUUUUUCGUAUACCUUUUUUUUUCGGCAAAACAAUUCCAUCACCCCUGUAUAGCCGCCGGUUCUUUAUUAUUUGACGUUUCGUUUUUUUUUAAAUUAAGUUGGCCCUGAGUUUGUGCAAUUUCGGCAACACCUCUAGUCACACACGAUCGAGUAUCUUAUACCCUUUUAAAAAAAAAGCUCCCCAAAGAUAUGAAUCCGCAUGUUAGAAGACAAAAUUUGCUGUGC